AUGUCGCCAGUGGGGGUGGAUAAGGCUGUGGUGGACGCUGCAGAGUCACUGGAGAAUCGAUUUCUGCCGGCAAGGAGGAAAAGUCGGGGAGUGGAGGUGCAAACCGGCCUGAUCACCACCAGCGUUAGUGGCACUGGUGGUCAUCAUUCCGGACCACCUGUUCGAGGUUUCCGAGUUAGCCACAUUGCGGCUAAAGAAGCAAUCGCCUCGCGCUGCUCUCUCUUGGGUCUUGCGUUCAGGCCGCAUACUGGCCUUUGGCCUUAUGGGAUCUAUGGCCUGACACGACGGGGCUGCAAAGUUCUCCUCUUCGAUGUCGCCUUAACGAGCCACCUAGCUUUCCACCUCGCAACGCCUAAGGCCUUCUGCCGCCUCCGGGCGACGGAGUUAGACUUGCUGGUUCGUGUACUUACGAUUCGCUUUCUGGUUCCAGCCCUAGCUAUUCGUGGAGAUGGAGCGCAGAUGGAACGUGGAGCUGAACUGCCGAAAUCCACUGUAAAAGACGUCGCCAUCCGAUCACUAUUAUUCGAUGAUGAGACGGUAGCCUGA